CCGCACAUUUCUCGUUGUCUCGCGUUAGUACUUUUAGCUAUGUCAUUGGGCAACGCCGGGCGAAUUGCUGCUUGUUGGGCUGUUUUGACUGUUGGUGGCGUCUACGCUUUUGUGCUGUCGAAACGAUCCGUUGAGAGUCGGCGAUACGAAAGCUUGAGAGUACGCGAACGCAUGCGAAAGGCGAACCAAGGCGAUUACGACUCUUCUAAAACGGACAGGCGGUUUGACUAUUAGAAGAAGAAGCACA